AUGAAGGAACCGGCGGACUCGGACUUCCUUAUUACGGGCGUCAAGGCCGCCAAGGAGUUCCACACUAGCCAUGCGGCAUCUACGGGCGGCUUCCUGACCUCCACUCCAAGUGGCUUCGCUUGUCCGGCGCUUCGACUGAUGCGCAGUUACGAUCAAUUUGAUGCCAGUGCCUUUGCUACAAGGGAGCACUUGGCCACGGCGACAUUCACGGAAUGGGUGUCCACCCGCCACAAGGAGCCGGCGUCGUUGUGGAAACACGAGCGACUUUAUCAAGAAAAACCACGGCAUCUUCGAGGAAAAGGUCGCGAGACGGACGGUGGCGACGAUAGCGACUCGGAGGAGCAGGGCAAAGGUGACAAGGAGAAGAAGAAAAAAGAACAAGGACUUUGCAGAGAAGGAAUCAAAGCGCCUCGACGGGAAAGGGUACCAGUGGCCCGAAGUGAAGCACCCCGGUGGGCCCGGCCGAAGGGGCGAACGCCCCGGGACCACCAUGACUACUUCGUUUUCUGCAAACGAAUUCACUCUGGGACAGACUGCAGUCCAUCGGGGAUAGUGGGCGAAGCUAUCCUCUCUCCUUUUGAACGACUGCAACGGCGAGUCGAUGCUUCGGCCCGGACUUUGAAGCACAUCGCCGCAGUACAGCAAUGGAUCAUGGACGAUCUUCAUCGGCGGGUAGCCCUCUAUGGCAAGUGCCCCGAGGAAAUCAGCGAGGACACCGUCUUGGGCGACCUUGGGCGACGCUACGACUUGUACAACCAGGAAGCCAAGCACCUGGUCGGCAUCGACUUGACCAAAAUCAAACCUUACCAGAAGCAGCACCGGCAAAAA